UUGUGACAUGGCCACAGAUGUAGCUGAGCCUGUGGUCCCUGACUGCAGAGGAGACGUAAAGAGCGGUGCCAGGUCAGAUGCUGACUAUCCUCUUCGGGUUCUCUACUGCGGAGUCUGUUCAUUACCAACAGAGUACUGCGAAUACAUGCCCGAUGUGACUAAAUGCAGACAAUGGUUAGAAAAGAAUUUUCCAGAUGAGUUUGCAAAACUUACAGUAGAAAAUUCACCUAAACAGGAAGCUGGGGUUGGAGAAGGCCAAGGAACUGCGGGAGAAGAAGAAGAGAAGAAGAAGCAAAAGAGAGGUGGAAGAGGUCAGAUAAAACAAAAAAAGAAGACUGUACCACAGAAAGUUACAAUAGCUAAAAUUCCUAGAGCAAAGAAAAAAUAUGUCACAAGAGUAUGUGGCCUUGCAACAUUUGAAAUUGAUCUUAAGGAAGCACAAAGAUUUUUUGCUCAGAAAUUUUCCUGCGGUGCCUCAGUAACAGGAGAAGAUGAGAUCAUAAUUCAGGGCGAUUUUACAGAUGACAUUAUCGAUGUAAUCCAGGAGAAGUGGCCUGAGGUGGAUGAUGAUAGCAUUGAAGAUCUUGGAGAAGUCAAGAAGUGAUAGUGAAAGACUACCUUUAUUUAAUUAUAUGGUUAUAAAUGAUGUAGCCAAAGCGAGGCUUCUAAGUCCAUUUGCUCUGCAGUGAAACUGUGGAGAACCCGUAUCCUUGGCAUUUUCACUGCUCUGUAUAGGCUGCUUGUUUGUUUUUGUUUUGGUUUGGGGUUUUUUUUUUUUGUUGUGAUAUUUGCCAAAGUUAAAUUGGGGUUCUAUCAUGCUUAGGCAUGAAGUAGAUUUAAAUAAAAUUACUGUUCCUCACUGAAUACA